AUGGAACCCUUUCAGGAUCUGUAUGAGACCCCUGGGGACAGGUUGGAUGCCUUCAUAGAGCAGAACCUUCAGCCCCAGAGGGACUGGAAGAAGCAAGUGAAGGAUGUUGUGCAGAGAAUCGUGCAGUUCUUGCAGAAUCAGUGCUUCCAUGAUAAACUGCAUUGGGAUCAAGUCAAGGUGCUGAAGGGCGGCUCCUCAGGCAAGGGGACAAUGCUGAACUACAGCUCCGACUUGGACCUGGUUCUGUUCCUGAGCUGUUUCUCCAGCUUCCAAGACCAGGCACAGCUCCAAGGAUGCAUCAUCAGAUUCAUCGAGGCGAAACUUGUUUACUGCAGCGAGAGCCUGGCCUACAACAUCACUGUGGUCCAGCACAGAGAGAGGGCCAAGUCCCCUCGCUCCCUGUCCUUCUGGAUCCAGUCCAGGAAGAGCAGUGAAGCCUUUCGGGUGAACGUGCUCCCAGCUUUUGAUGCUUUGGGACACUUUUGCCCAGACUCUAAACCAGCACCAGAAAUCUAUGAAAAUUUAAUAACCAACACCAGCCGCCCUGGGGAGUUCUGGCCAAGCUUCACAGAGUUGCAGAGGCACUUUGUGAAAAGCUGCCCUACUAAAUUGAAGAGCCUUCUGCGGCUGGUGAAGCAUUGGUACAUGCAGAACUUGAAACGUAAAUAUCGACGAGAAGCAUUGCCCCCAAAAUAUGCCCUGGAACUACUGACUAUUUUUGCCUGGGAGAUGGGUACAGACAAAAGUGAGAACUUCAACAUGGAUGAAGGGUUUGUAGCUGUGAUGGAGCUCCUCAGAGAUUAUAAAGACAUCUGCAUAUAUUGGGCCAAGCUCUAUGAUUUCCAGAAUGAGAUUGUCAGAAACUUUAUCAAACAACAGUUGAAAGAGUACAGGCCCAUUAUCUUAGACCCAACUGACCCCACCAACAACCUGGGAAGAGAAAAAAGAUGGGACGUGGCGGCCCAAGAGGCUGUUUACUGCCUGCAGCAGGCCUGCCGCAGAACUGAAGACCCCCGCCAGGGCUGGCAUGUACAGCGAGCAAGGGACAUCCAGGUGACAGUAAAACGGACAGGGCAGGAGGCCUGGACACUCGCAGUGGACCCCUACUGGCCCAUCUGGAAGAUGGAGACAGAGAUGAAGAGGAGGUGUGCCCUCCAUGGGGAGCAGCGUCUCUCCUUCCAGGAGCCAGGAGGGCGGCGGCAACCACUCAGCAGCCAGCGGACUCUGGCGGAUUACAGGAUCUUCUCCAAAGUCAGCGUCCGGGUACUGGAGACCUUCCCUCCUGAGAUCCAGGUCUUCAUCGAGGACUGUGGUGGCCAGAACAGGCCUUACGCCAUUGACCCUGAUGCCUCCAUCUAUGACUUGAAAGAAAAGAUUGAAGAAGCUGGAGGACCUCGGGUGGAGUAUCAGAUACUAGAGUUCCAGGAUCGGGAACUGUGGGAUCAUCGCAGACUGGCAGACCUGCAGAUCAAAGACUGUGACACCAUCAUGCUCAUCAGGAGAAGCUGA